AUGGCGCAAUACGGCUACGGACAGAACCCCCAAUACGGCGGUGGUAACGCACAGAACCUCCAAUUCUACUCGUCUUCCUUCUCCAACCAACCAGUGUCCGGACACUCGACACCCUUCCAAGCAAAUUACGGUGCUUCUCAGACUCAAGCCUACCCGGCACAGUAUGGCGCGGGCUUCGCAGCACCAGGUGUGAGUGGGCAGAUGGGCAUGGGCGCAUCGGGGCUGAGGACUGGGUGGCUGGCGGCAUUUGGCACAGAGGGAUAUGAAGGCGAACCACCACUGCUGGAAGAGCUAGGAGUGAAUUUCAAGCACAUACAGAUGAAGACGCUAGCUGUGUUGAAUCCAUUUGGGAGGAUCGAUCAGCAUAUCAUGGACGAUAGUGAUGUUGCGGGGCCGAUUCUGUUCUUCUUGAUCUUUGGCACUUCACUGCUGCUUUCUGGGAAGGUCCACUUCGGGUACAUUUAUGGGCUGGCCUUUGUUGGCACCAUCCUCCUCCAUCAAAUCCUCUCGCUCAUGUCACCAUCUGUGAGUGCUGCUGAGGCAGCUCCCGGAGACCACGGCCACUCGCAAGGGUCGCACCUUGGAUCUUCCUUGACAUUUCCGCGAUCAGCAUCAGUUCUGGGAUACUGUCUGCUCCCUCUUGUCAUGGUUGCCAUUUUUGGCAUCGUUGUUCCACUCGAUGGUCUCUUCGGAUACCUCCUUACCAGUCUUGCCAUCUUUUGGUGCUCGUAUGCUUCAAGUUCGAUGUUUACCGUUGUUGGACGCAUGACUUCUAUGCGAGGCCUUGUGGCAUAUCCCAUGGUUUUGUUCUACGGCAGUUUCGGUAUCAUGGCCAUUUUCAGCUCUCGUGGAACUGGCCAAUUGGCCAAGGUGGCAGGCACAUAG